AUGCCCUGCGGCCGGGUGAAAGGCUGGCCGCGGGGGGACGCGGCCGCUCAGUUACGUCAAGACGCCUCGUAUAUAAGCCACCGGCCGACGACUCACAGGCAGAACAGUGCUUCAUCGUCCACAAUAGCAGUUGGAGCAGCAGUAGCAGCAGCAACCAUGUACAAGAGCUUCCGAGAAGCUGCAGGGUGGCGCUGCGCCGACGCCGCGGGCGGGCCGACGCUGCAGGUGCAGGCGCAGGCGCAGUCGGACGAGGAGAGCGCAAGUGAAGAAGGACACAUGGGAUGGAGGUGA